AAGGGAAUAAAUAGUAGCAAGCAAUAAAAAAAUUGGUAGUAUAUAAAUUAUGAGAGAGGGAUUGUGAUUUUUACAUCAGCACUACUAUGUGCAAAUGCAUAAAUUUAAUUCAGAUACUCUUUUUAUAAAUAUUAUUAUACUGUCCAUUCUUUUAACCAAAAAAAAAAAAAAAUGUCUUAAUACACCAUUUAAUUCCUUUCUCUAGGAUCCACUAUCACACGUAGUAUAUAAUCCUAUACAGUUCACGUUAUCAAACACCAAAGCAUCAAAAGCCUUCCACACUUGUAUUAUUUUGGGGUAGUUGAUUUGUUAGCGUGUUAUUUGUGAGAUCAUCAUGGAUCAUGCAACAUUAGCAAUGAUACUAGCCAUUUGGUUCAUUUCUUUUCAUUUCAUAAAAUUACUUUUUAGCCAACAAACUACCAAACUUCUUCCUCCUGGUCCAAAACCAUUGCCAAUAAUUGGCAACAUCUUAGAAGUUGGUAAAAAACCUCAUCGUUCAUUUGCUAAUCUUGCUAAAAUUCACGGCCCUUUAAUAUCGUUACGUCUAGGAAGUGUAACAACUAUUGUUGUAUCAUCAGCAGAUGUAGCCAAAGAAAUGUUCUUAAAAAAAGACCACCCUCUUUCUAACCGUACUAUUCCUAAUUCUGUCACGGCCGGUGACCACCAUAAACUUACCAUGUCGUGGUUGCCGGUUUCGCCGAAAUGGCGGAAUUUUCGUAAGAUUACAGCCGUCCAUUUGCUUUCUCCUCAAAGACUUGAUGCUUGCCAAACUUUUCGCCAUGCCAAGGUGCAACAGCUUUAUGAAUAUGUACAAGAAUGUGCACAAAAAGGCCAAGCUGUUGAUAUUGGCAAAGCUGCAUUUACUACCUCCCUUAAUUUGUUAUCUAAACUAUUUUUUUCUGUGGAAUUAGCCCACCAUAAAUCACACACUUCUCAAGAGUUUAAGGAACUAAUAUGGAACAUUAUGGAAGAUAUUGGCAAACCUAACUAUGCUGAUUAUUUUCCUAUUUUAGGCUGUGUUGAUCCAUCAGGUAUUCGACGAAGAUUAGCAUGUAGUUUUGACAAGUUGAUUGCAGUUUUUCAGAGUAUAAUAUGUGAAAGGCUUGCGCCUGAUUCUUCAACUGCAACAACAACGACGACUGAUGAUGUGCUAGACGUUCUUCUUCAGCUCUUCAAACAAAAUGAGCUCACUAUGGGCGAGAUUAACCAUUUGCUCGUCGACAUUUUUGAUGCUGGAACAGACACUACAUCAAGUACUUUUGAGUGGGUCAUGGCAGAGUUAAUUAGGAAUCCUGAAAUGAUGGAAAAGGCUCAAGAAGAAAUUAAGCAAGUAUUGGGUAAAGAUAAACAAAUUCAAGAAUCAGACAUUAUUAACCUACCUUACUUACAAGCCAUUAUCAAAGAAACUUUGCGACUACAUCCACCAACUGUAUUUCUUUUGCCUCGUAAAGCCGACACUGACGUUGAACUAUAUGGUUAUAUUGUGCCUAAAGAUGCACAAAUACUUGUUAACUUAUGGGCUAUUGGAAGAGAUCCUAAUGCAUGGCAAAAUGCUGAUAUUUUUUCGCCCGAAAGAUUUAUAGGGUGUGAAAUUGAUGUCAAAGGAAGAGAUUUUGGACUCUUACCUUUUGGAGCUGGAAGAAGGAUAUGUCCUGGGAUGAAUUUGGCCAUUAGAAUGUUAACUUUGAUGCUAGCUACUUUACUUCAAUUCUUCAAUUGGAAGCUUGAAGGAGACAUAAGUCCAAAAGACUUAGACAUGGAUGAGAAAUUUGGGAUUGCGUUACAAAAGACAAAGCCUUUAAAACUUAUUCCAAUACCUAGGUAUUGAAAUUUGUUGGAUUUCUACGUACUACUAUUAUUAUUAUUUGUGAUUGGUUUUGGGUUAGCUUCAAAUUCAGAAUUUGUUCAUGUUUAAUUGUUUGAUGUGCUCGAUUGAAUUUACUACAAAUUAACUCCAAUUAUAUCUUCUCAACUUGGAGUAAUGGCUUGGGUUUCUCAUCUCUUGUGCAAGGGGUGAGCUUGCAGCUUAACAUCCUUCAAGAAGAUUCAAUUAAUAACAUGUGUAUGUAUGUGUAUGUGUGGAUUGUAUCUCUUUAUUCAUUUUGCUUGUUGUAAUGAUUUUUAGUUAAGUUUUAAAUGUAAUCCCUCCAUUAUUAUUGUAAUUAUAAAGGAUUUGAUCCUCCUUUGUGUCGAAAUUAUAUAUAUAAAUAAAUUUGUAGCA